AUGUCUAAUGGGUCUUUAGAUAGAUGGAUAUUUCACAAGAAUUAUGAGAUGUUGCUUGAUUGGCAACAAAGAAAGAAGAUCAUCAUUGACAUAGCAAGGGGACUAACUUAUUUACAUGAAGAUUGUAGGUUAAAGAUAGUUCACUUGGAUAUAAAACCCCAUAACAUCCUCUUAGAUGAGAACUUUAAUGCAAAAGUUUUUGAUUUUGGAUUGUCUAAAUUAGUUGAUCUUGACCAAAGCCAAGUUGUUACAACCAUGAGAGGGACCCCUGGCUAUAUGGCUCCAGAAUGGUCAAGUUCAAUAAUUACAGAAAAAGUAAAUGUGUAUAGCUUUGGAGUAGUACUCUUGGAGAUAUUGUGUGGAAGGAGAAACUUUGAUCACUCUCAACCAGAGGAAGCAAUGAAUCUACUUGAUUUAUUCAAGAAAAACAUUGAGGAGGAUCAAUUGUUGGAUAUGGUUGAUAAGUACAGUGAAGAUAUGCAAUUACAUGGAGUAGAAGUUGUGAAUACAAUGAAAACUGCAGCAUGGUGUUUGCAAAAAGAUUUCACAAAGAGACCAUCUAUGUCCAUGGUGGUUAAGGUCUUGGAGGGUGUUGUAAAUGUUGAAUCUGGCCUAGAUUAUUUCUUCUUGAAUCCACCUUUACCAAACACAAGAGCUGGAGUUGAUAACCAGGAAGUUCAUGUUGUUUCUGCUACUACAUUGUUGCCUUUAGUUUUAUCAGGACCACGGUAACUGUUCACUAUACCAUCUUUUGUUUCUUCUUGACAAAUGAGGUAGGUGGCAGAGACCAAGAGAUUGGGACUUCUUCCAGCGUCGUUGUUGAGUGCUGGGAUGAUCCUAGCUUCUAAGUUGUUCAAGAGUCUUGAAAUAGAGUUGUAUGCUAAAUCUGUUGUGGACUUUAGUCAACUCCGAUUCAAUUCUUCUUCUAAUAGAUCUCUCUCCUCUCCUUUAUGUGAUUUAGCAAUACAGUCUGAAGCAUGUCCUCUGUGAAGCCAAUCACCGCGCUGAUGUGUUGGCUAAUUUUGGAUGUAACCAAGAAGAGAAC